UUCAGUCGCCGACCACCGCUCUGAGAAAAAGAAAAAAAACUGUCGCCGACCACAAGCCGCCGCGAGGUCUCGACGGAGAAGAAGUCCUGCUAAGGAUCUCUCUUCAUUCGCCCGCCGCCGCAUCCAUCUGCGUCAGCAUCUGCUGCCGAUUCUUGCGUUUCGGGAUGGCGACUGUGAGGAGCCUCAAGAUCAAGACGUCGACGUGCAGGAGGGUCGUGAAGGAGCUGCGGUCGUACGAGGAGGAGGUGGGGAAGGAGGCGGCCAAGACCGCCGCCAUGAAGAACAGAGGCGCCGAUCCCUAUGACCUCAAGCAGCAGGAGAAUGUCUUAGCCGAGUCAAGGAUGAUGGUCCCAGACUGUCAUAAGCGACCCGAAGCUGCUCUGGCAGACCUGAAAGCAACUCUGGCUGAAUUGAAGGAGUCGGGUGAACAAGGUGCAGAGAUAGGAGAGGCCGAGAGCACAAUCACAGAAGUCGAAACUGUAUUCAAGCCAACUGAAGAAUAACUCAAAACCCUUGUUUGGUUUAAUGCCCUGUAUUGUUCAUACAUCAGAAACUCAUUCCAUGAGAUGUUUCAUGAGCGGAUGAGGCCCGGCUUGUAAGAUGCUGCCUGAACUGUGUUUGCUAUAUCUAUGUGUUUCUUGCCACGUGCAAGACAACCCAAGAAAGUCAGAAUUGCUGGUUAAACAUUUGUUAAUCUGCAUAUAUAUAAGUAUAAAUUCUAUA